AGAAUACAUUGUAUACAUCCAAUGGUGCUUCAUUCUCAAGUUGCUACUAGAUAUACUUGUAGGCUUCUUGCAGUCCCCUCCUGUGGAGUUCCUGAAGAUGAAAGUAAGAAGGAUAAUACAGAGGAUCAGCAGAGAUAUCCAUUUCCACAAUUAAGUUCUUCUGGGCGUUUGGAGGUCCAGGUUUUGACCAAUCCUAGUAAAGAUGAGUUUUGUAGGACUAUUGAAUCAUAUAGACCGAACAUUGUUUACUUACAAGGGGAACGGCUCGAGAAUGAUGAAGUUGGUUCUUUAAUAUGGGGAGGUGUUGACCUGUCCACAGUAGAAGCAAUAAGUGGGCUCUUUAGUUCUCUGUUGCCCGCCACUGUAUAUUUGGAUAUAGCAAAUGGAGAUGAAGUAGCUGAUGCACUCCACUCCAAGGGUAUUCCUUAUGUCAUAUAUUGGGGAAGCACAUUUUCUUGUUAUGCAGCUUGUCAUUUCCGUAAUGCAUUCCUGUCGGUUCUUCAGAGUUCAACUGCUCAUACAUGGGAUGCAUUUCAACUUGCACACGCUUCAUUUAGGAUGUAUUGCUCAGGAAACAGCCUUUACCUUCCUACGGGUAGUAAUAAAGAAGUUAAUGAAGAUCUUGGACCGCAUCUUCUGGGGGAACGUUUGAAAAUAAACGUCGAACCCCUUGAGAAAGAGGCAGCUGAGGAUGAAGAAAGUUCAUUGGAAACUCCUUCUCUGAGCAUACUUGAUAAUGAUGUUGAAAUGAGAUUUCUCAUAUGUGGAGAACCAGGCUCAUUGGAUGCUUAUGUAUUAGGAGCUCUGGAGGAUGGUCUUAAUGCCCUCUUGGACAUCGAAAUUCGGGGGUCCAAACUUCACGGCAAAUUCAGUGCCCCUCCUCCACCUCUUCAGGCAGGAACCAUCUCUAAUGGUGUUGUUACCAUGCGCUGUGAUAUAUCGACAUGCAGUUUUGCCCACGUCUCGCUUUUGGUCUCAGGAAGUGCACAAGCUUGUUUUGAUGAUCAACUAUUCGAAAAUUAUAUAAAGAAUGAGAUUAUUGAAAGAGGCGAACUAGUGCAGACACUAGUAGAUGAUGAAGGAAGCAAAUACCUAUGUGAGCCACGGAAAUCUGCUUCAAUUGCUUGUGGGGCAACAGUGUUUGAAGUUAGCUUGAAGGUCCCUUCAUGGGCAUCUCAGAUUUUAAGGCAGUUGGCCCCUGAUGUUUCUUUUCGAAGUUUAGUAGCACUGGGCAUUGCCAGCAUCCAGGGUUUGUCUGUUGCUUCUUUUGAGAAGGAUGAUGCUGAACGCCUCCUUUUCUUCCGUUCAAGGAAGGAAAAAGAUUUCAUUCUGAGCAAUUUAACUGAUAGCACACACCCUAGUUGGUUGAAGCCUCCUGCUCCUGUAAGGAGAUCUAAAAGGAUGAAAGACAGAAGCCAUGGUUCUCAUGAUAAUCUUGAACGCCUGAAGGUUUCUUCUGCUAGCAGAAUAGAUGAUGGGAACAUGGAAAUAGGAUUGAGGAAUGGUUAUAUCACUCCCAUGCUUCCGCUCCCAAGAAGGAGAGGAAUGAAAAUUGCUGCAAUGAGGCCCAUUCCUCAUGUUAAUCGCCACAAAAUGAUAUCUUUUCCUAGAAUAGCUGAGACAGGUGGGCACAAUGGAGGCAUGGUUAAAGCUAGUGUCCCUUCUAUUAACCCCACAAAGCAUAUUACCGUAGGUUCAGCUUCAGUUUCACAACAAAAAAUCUUUCCAAGUGCAUCUCAAUAUAAACAAAUUAUUCCCUUGAAUCCGCUACCUUUGAAGAAGCAUGGUUGUGGCAGAAGUCCUAUACAUGCCUGCUUUGAGGAUGAGUUUUUGAAGGAUUUAUUGCAGUUUCUAGCUCUUCGAGGUCACCAUCGACUCAUUCCUCAAGGUGGGCUCGCGGAGUUUCCAGAUGCAAUACUCAAUGGAAAGCGUCUUGACCUUUACAACUUGUACAAGGAGGUGGUUUCAAGAGGUGGCUUUCGUGUUGGAAAUGGCAUUAACUGGAAAGGACAGAUCUUCUCAAAGAUGCGGAAUUACACCAUGACCAACAGAAUGACAGGGGUUGGAAACACGCUUAAAAGACAUUACGAGACUUAUCUUCUCGAGUACGAAUUGGCACAUGAAGAUGUAGAUGGCGAAUGUUGCCUUUUGUGUCACAGUAGUGCAGCAGGGGAUUGGGUGAACUGUGGUGAUUGUGGCGAGUGGGCUCACUUUGGUUGUGACAGAAGGCAGGGUCUCGGCGCAUUUAAGGAUUAUGCAAAAACUGAUGGUUUAGAAUACAUAUGCCCACACUGUAGUGUUGCUAAUUAUAAGAAGAAGAAACUUGCAAAUGGGUUGUCUCCAGGCUUAUCCUCAAGACCAAUAUGAAGAGGAUUUGAUUUUGAGGUUAAAUUUGUCUCUGCCAACCUCAAACAGAACCAAACCAUUUGCUUGCGGCCGUAUAUACAAACCUCGACGUGUUCCAUUCUGCUAUUAACCUAAAUCUACCAGUAUAUAUAUAAUAUAAUGUAUCCAGGAAAAGAAAAACAGUGAAAAGUCAAGGGGAGAACUCUUGGUUCUCUCUUUUUUUUUUUCCCAUUUUUGUUGUAUGGGAGGGCUGUUGAGAAAUAGAUAGGUAAUUCGUUAGGAAAUAGAAGGGGAAGUGGAUAUGACAAUUCUCCAACUUAGUUUAAGGCUGACUUAGAUUUUAUGUAGAAGAUGAAUUAAACCAACCUCUUGAACUUACAUGUAUGCUUACCUGUACUUCUUUCAA